AUGGAGACGAAGAGUCAAAUUGAAAAAUAUAGGAAGACGCUAAUUGAAUCAGAGUUGGUUACAGAGAUUCUACGAUGUUUACAUGGGUUGGAAUUUGAUUGUAUACGAUGUUUGGCAUUGGGUUCACCUUCUGAAAGUUUGGCUGCACAAUAUCAAUUAGCAUUAUUAUUAAUUUUGCAAGAGCAUUUGACUGCAAAAAUUUCAAUUUAUGAUCCAAUAUUAAAUGAAAAAGAUAGGGAGAUACUUAAGGAUAUGGAAAUUGAAGAAAAAUAUGAUAAUAAAUCAAAUACACUUUAUUUCCUACCUCAUGCUCCUUUGACAUUAAUGGAAAAUUUACUAAAUAUGGAUCAUCCUACAUAUCUACUAUGUAAUGAUGUUAUUACACAUACAGAUCGAUUAACAAAACGGAAAUUAAAUGAGAAAUAUCCAUAUUUAUCAUGUGCUGUUUAUUUAUUAGGUGAUAAUCAGUCAAAAGAUGGAUUUACACCAGUUGUAAAUAAACGAAAGAACAGACAAAAAUUUAUUGAACCAGAGAUCAACUAUCCAAUAGAUGAGAUAUAUUUUAAACAUAUAAGUAUUAGUAGAUUUGAAAAUACUAAAAAGAAUGAUGCCUGGGGCAAUUCAUUCACUGAUUUAGCAUUCCAUAGAUUAACUAAAAAGUAA